CCCUCUUUCCCCCCCCCCCCAGGCAGCGGCAUGACCCCCGGCGGCGCCGGCUUCUCCCCCAGCGCUGCUUCAGACGCCAGCGGUUUCAGCCCCGGUUAUUCGCCCGCCUGGUCGCCCACUCCCGGCUCCCCUGGAUCCCCGGGGCCCUCCAGCCCCUACAUCCCCUCCCCAGGCGGUGCCAUGUCCCCCAGCUACAGCCCCACAUCGCCUGCCUACGAGCCGCGCUCGCCUGGGGGCUACACCCCGCAGAGCCCCAGCUACAGCCCCACCUCUCCGAGCUACAGCCCGACGUCACCCAGCUACAGCCCCACCAGCCCCAACUACAGCCCCACCUCGCCGAGCUACAGCCCCACUUCUCCAAGCUACAGCCCCACCUCGCCCAGCUACAGCCCCACUUCUCCAAGCUACAGCCCCACUUCUCCGAGUUACAGCCCCACCUCGCCCAGCUACAGCCCCACUUCGCCCAGCUACAGCCCCACUUCGCCCAGCUACAGCCCCACUUCUCCAAGCUACAGCCCCACCUCGCCCAGCUACAGCCCGACUUCGCCCAGCUACAGCCCAACCUCGCCCAGCUACAGCCCCACUUCUCCCAGCUACAGCCCCACCAGCCCGAGCUACAGCCCGACUUCGCCCAGCUACAGCCCCACCAGCCCCAACUACAGCCCCACAUCCCCCAACUACACCCCAACCAGCCCCAGCUACAGCCCGACUUCGCCCAGCUACAGCCCCACCUCGCCCAAUUACACCCCCACCUCCCCCAACUACAGCCCCACCUCCCCCAGCUACAGCCCCACCUCCCCCAGCUACAGCCCCACAUCUCCCAGCUACUCCCCCUCCAGUCCCCGCUACACCCCGCAGUCGCCCACCUACACCCCCAGCAGCCCCAGCUACAGCCCCAGCAGCCCCUCCUACAGCCCGUCCUCCCCCAAGUACACCCCGACCAGCCCCUCCUACAGCCCCAGCUCCCCCGAAUACACCCCAACCAGCCCCAAGUACAGCCCCACCUCGCCCAAGUACAGCCCCACCAGCCCCAAGUACAGCCCCACCUCCCCCACCUACAGCCCCACCACCCCCAAGUACAGCCCCACUUCCCCCACCUACAGCCCCACCUCCCCCGUUUACACCCCGACCAGCCCCAAGUACAGCCCCACCUCGCCGACCUACAGCCCCACCAGUCCCAAGUACAGCCCCACCUCCCCCACCUACAGCCCCACCAGUCCCAAGGGCUCCACCUACAGCCCCACAUCGCCGGGCUACAGCCCCACGUCGCCCACCUACAGCCUGACCAGCCCGGCCAUCAGCCCCGACGACAGCGACGACGACAAUUGAGCGUGGGGGUCCCUCUGAGGUUGUGGGGCUGACCCCCAAGUAUGGGGCAGGGGGGCUGACCAUCCAAGCUGGGGCUGCGGAUGCG